UUUUUGUAUUCCAUCUUUCUUUCCUUUUUUUCCCCCAUUUUUUGGAUUUGGAAGGAUAGAUGGUUUUAUGUUAGGAGCAGGAGAAGAAAAAGGAAGGAGACAUUUGCAUUGAGCUGGGGAUUCUGUUUUUAUUUUUUUUGUUAUUAUUAUUAUUUAGAAGACAAACAGAGCUCGUGAAGGAGAGAUGUUGCAGGACCUGAUCCAUCCUCCCUCGGAGCCGCUCUCCAUUGAGAGCCCCAUGGCGGCACAGAUGCUGGACUUCUGCGACGAAGCAGGAAGCGAUCUCUUCCUCCCCGAUCCCCAACUCCUCCGCUCCUCCGACGACGUCUCCACCUCCUCCGCUGCUCACUCCGUCUCCGUCUCCGUCUCCGACGCCACCCCACCUCUCUGCUGCUACACAGACGCCUCUUUCAGCCCUUCCAUCGCCGACGCCUGCUCCCCCUUCCCCUCCAUCGACGCCGCCACCCUCUCCGCCCUCCUCGACGCGCCGCAGCCGCCGGACCUCCUCCCCGCGGUCAGUAACCCGUCCCCGACCAACCCCUCCUCGAUGUUCCCGAUCCCACCGCAGUACGUCGGGGAACAGCACCAGAUGGUGGACCCUUUCGACCAGAUCGGGCUAACGGAUCCGAUCCCAAUUGGCGGGUACGGCUCCUACUCGCCCGAGUCCAUGGUGCCGAUCCAGAUAGGGGGCCCGUCGGCGCAGCAGCAGGCGCCGGUGUACGAGGAGGAGUGCCUGGCGGCGAUGCCGGGCGGGCUCGUGGGGUUGGAGGCGGCGGUGCAGUCGCCGUCGUGCGCGUUUCUGGAAGGGGGUGGUAUCGGGGCGUUUUACCAUCAGGGGGGGAUGGUGGGAGGAGAAGGGCAUCAGGGCUUCUUUAAUGCGGGGAUGAUGAUGGUGGGAUCCAGGGGGGAGGUGGUGGAGUACCAGCCACUGGUGGAGGGGGUGGGAAACGUGGGGAUCUACGGCCCGGAUUCCCUGCAGCCAGUCUACAGCUCCAGCGACCUGCAGCAGGUGAUCGGAGGAAAUCAGCAUCUGAUGGGCGGGUGUGGUGGCGGGCCAACACCAUUGCCAGCAUCAGAUAUUGCAGCAUUGGAUGAGUCCACCUUCAAAGUUGGUCGCCUCUCCGUGGAAGAGAGGAAGGAGAAGAUCCAUAGGUACAUGAAGAAGAGGAAUGAAAGAAACUUCAGCAAAAAGAUCAAGUAUGCUUGUAGGAAAACUCUAGCAGACAGCCGACCUCGUGUCCGAGGGCGAUUUGCAAAGAACGAUGAGUUUGGAGAGGCAACAAGAUCCACCUCAAGUCACCAUGAGUUUGAUGAUGAGGAAGAAGUGGUAGUGAAGGAACAAGAAGAUAUACACGACUCCUCAGAUAUACUUGCCCACAUCAGUGGCGUGAAUUCCUUUAAAUACAACUACACUCUGGAGUCCUGGAUAUGAGUCAUAUGACCCGACAGAUGCUGGAGUUGGUGCAAUUGCUAUAUGUGGCCAUUCACCAGCGGGCGUAAUCAUCAUCCCGUUCAAAUAAAAAGAAUGGCAUGGAGAUUGUUUUUUCCAGUAGUGUUGUAUAACACAAUUUGCAUGAUUGCAGACAUAGCAAGAGAUUUUCUUCCC